UCUGCUUUUUCAGAACAAAAUCAUUAGCCAUUAUUCAUCAUUCAACUAAGGGUACUUCCGUAACAAAAACAAUAAAGAAAGAAGAAAAAAACUUUCCUUUUUCUUCGUCUUCUUAUUUCACACACCAACUCAAAUAAAAAUCCUCACAUCAUCAUCAACCAAAAUCCUCCUCCUCACCAAUUUUCCUCUCCCUCCCACCAUAUCCGGAAUCAACAUCAGAUCCUUUCUCCGCCCGAUAAAACAGACUCAUAUCCCGUUACUCAACCCGUUUUAUCGGGAAUGGAAACCACCUGUUUGAUUCAUCACUUACCUCAAGAUAGUCUACAUCAAAUCUUCUCAUCUCUAUCAAUCCGUGAGAUCUUAAUCUGUCGUUCUUUAUCAAAAUUCUUCAAUCAAAUCUUAACUUCAUCAUCAUUUAUAAAUCUCCUCUCAUUAAAGCCGCCUCUGAAUCUCAUAGCACUUCGUCCAUCUCAUCACCACCACCACCACCACAACCACCACCAUCGAGUUACUGUAUCAUCACCUCAUUCGUAUCUGCACGUAUACGAUUCUGAUCUGAAUCAAUGGAUGAAAUUCGCUUUCGAUUUCAUUCCAUUCAGAUCUCCAAUUCCAGUUGCUUCAUCAGGAGGAAUCGUUUAUUUAUGGGUUGACUCUCCCGAUUCAGGGAAAUCACUGGUGCUAUGUAACCCGUUGACAAGGAAGUUUCAGGUUUUGCCGGGGCUUGGAUCGGCUUGGUCGAGGCACGGCACGGUUUUAGUUGGGCCUGUUGAUAGAGUAUUGGUGCUUACUGAACUUGCUUGUCUUUACUUUAAUGGUAUUGGUGAUUCUUGGCAAAAGUUUUCAUCCAAUUUAGUAUCGAAACCUAGGAGUCCAAUUUUAGUUUUUGAUUCUUUGUUUGCAUUAUGUGAUGUUGGAUCUCCAUGGAGACGUCAGUGGAAAUUGUUUUCAUGUACAUUAACUGAGCUUGAGAAAUCACAAGGUUGGAAAAGAUUAGAGAAACAUGAAUGGGGUGAUAUUUUUGAUAUAUUGAAAAGACCUAGGUUGAUUCGUGGAAAUGGUAAUAGAAUUUUGAUGGUGGGUGGAUUGAAAUCAUCUUUUUCAUUGAAUGCUUCUUGUUCGACUAUUUUAUUAUUGAGAUUGGAUUUGGAGACAUUGGAAUGGGAUGAAGUUGGCAGAAUGCCAACAGACAUGUUUAAAAGUUUUCAGGAGUCGAGUAAGUUUAAGGUGUUUGGUGGAGGAGAUAGGGUUUGUUUCUCAGGGAAACGGAUUGGUAGAUUAGCAAUGUGGAAUUACUCCAUUAAGGCAGGGAAAGGUGAAUGGAGGUGGGUUGAUGGAAUUCCUGGAAAUGGUGAUGGAUUAUACCGCGGGUUUGAAUAUGAUGCUCGAUUUACUUCUGCACCAUGAUGGGUUGUUGUUGAAGCUAUGCAAGAGAGCUGCGAUUAUAAUGAAAGAAUGUUUUCAUUUGUUGUAUUUCUGUAUUUCAUAUCUGAAGUUAUGUUUGUAAGUUCUUUUUAAUGUAGUUUAUUUAUUUGCAAGCAGUGUCUAUAUUUGAAUUGUUAAGCAUUUUGCUUGAUCUUAAUGUAGCAAUUGUAUCAUUAUUUUUUUUCUUUUCAUUUUCAAUGGAUCAAAUGACUUGGAUGA